AGGAGCAGGGUUGGCUUUGCGCUCGCCUGAGCAGGAGAGUAGAAAGCUCAGCGGCAGCGGAGGGAGUCUAUGCGCGCUGGACAGCAGUGGGGGGUGUGUGAGGUUCGCACUGACUGCAGACUCUCGGGCUCAAUCGCCGGGGAUUAAGGACUUGGCGACCGGGCUGCCGGGCUACCCGGCCGAGGCUUUAGAGGCGCAAAUUGGUGGGACUGGUUUGCUCAGCAGGGUCGUGCUAGUCUUUUAAGUACACCGAGAGGGGCCAGUGCUAAAGUAGAAGCUGUCGUGGGACGCGCGGCGCGGAGUCCCACUGUGGCCCGGAGGAACGGAGUCCGUGCUAGGGGGACCCAGUCGGGAGCCUGGGGAUCGAGCUUGCGUUGCUGGAAGAUAUCCCCCCUCUUCUCCCCAGAGGCGUCCAUCCCAGGACCGUCGAGGCGUCGGGGCAACCACUGAGCGCUCUGCGGGGAGACCCCAUUGGAGAGAACACUCGCAGUCUCCAACAGUCUGGGGGAGCCGAGCGGAAUCCGGCGGGAUCACUCGGGGGCGGCGAGCCCCCGUCGCGCCUCGUGCGGCGGAGAGGCCAGGGGAGAGAGUCCUCGGAGGCCGCAGCCCAUGCCCGGGUUGGGGACGCCUGCCCAGUGAGUCCUCCUGGCCAGCCGGGCGCAGGAGAGCGACCCCGAGGCCGGCGGGAGGGGAGUGCUUCAAGGCCGGCGGCUGCGGAGGAUGGGCGCCUGAGUGGCUCCAAGCGCUGCGCGGCACGGGCAGGCGAGGCGAGCUUUGCUGAGGAGGCGCCCGGGGAUCCUGAAGUGCAUCCUGCCCCCGGGAAAAUGGCCCGGCCUGGGCAGCGUUGGCUCAGCAAGUGGCUUGUGGCGAUGGUCGUACUGACGCUGUGCCGGCUGGCCACGCCGCUGGCCAAGAACCUGGAGCCGGUGUCCUGGAGCUCUCUUAACCCUAAGUUCCUAAGUGGGAAGGGCUUGGUGAUCUACCCGAAGAUUGGAGACAAGCUGGACAUCAUCUGCCCCCGAGCAGAGGCAGGACGGCCCUACGAGUACUACAAGCUGUACCUGGUGCGACCCGAGCAGGCAGCUGCUUGCAGUACUGUGCUUGAUCCCAAUGUACUGGUCACUUGCAACAAGCCACAGCAGGAAAUCCGCUUUACUAUCAAGUUCCAGGAGUUCAGCCCCAACUACAUGGGCCUGGAGUUCAAAAAGUAUCAGGACUACUACAUUACAUCAACGUCCAAUGGGAGCCUGGAAGGGCUGGAGAACCGGGAGGGAGGCGUGUGCCGCACACGCACAAUGAAGAUCGUUAUGAAAGUUGGGCAAGAUCCAAAUGCCGUGACACCUGAGCAGCUGACUACCAGCCGGCCAAGCAAGGAGUCAGACAAUACUGUCAAGACGGCCACACAGGCCCCUGGUCGGGGACCCCAGGGUGACUCUGACGGCAAGCAUGAGACUGUGAACCAGGAAGAGAAGAGUGGCCCAGGUGCAGGCGGUGGUGGCAGCGGGGACUCGGACGGCUUCUUCAAUUCCAAGGUGGCACUGUUCGCAGCCGUCGGCGCCGGCUGCGUCAUCUUCCUGCUCAUCAUCAUCUUCCUGACGGUCCUGCUGCUCAAGCUCCGCAAGCGCCAUCGCAAGCAUACGCAGCAGCGGGCGGCCGCCCUCUCGCUCAGUACCCUAGCCAGCCCCAAAGGGGGGAGUGGUACGGCGGGCACCGAGCCCAGCGACAUCAUCAUCCCCUUACGGACUACAGAGAACAACUACUGCCCCCACUACGAGAAGGUGAGUGGGGACUACGGGCAUCCUGUCUACAUCGUCCAGGAGAUGCCACCUCAGAGCCCGGCGAACAUCUACUACAAGGUCUGAAGGCCCCCCCCACCCCCGCGUGGCCUCAGGCUCCACAGGACACACGGCCUGGACUGGCCUCUCUUUUCUCCCCCACACCCCUCCCCUUGCCAGCUGUGCCCACCUUUGUAUUUAGUUUUGUAGUUUCUUGGCUUUUAUAAUCCCCCGUUUGCCCUGCCCCCUGGGCUUCGGAGGGGGGUGCUUGUGCCCCCAAUCCCCAUGCUCAUGUGCCUUCCCCCUCUGGCCAGGCCUCUGGGCCCUGUGGGGGCGCCCUUUCUUGGAGGGCAGGGUUGGACACUGAAGGACUGCAGGCAGGGAGACCGCCUCCUGGCCCUGCCCCCUCCUCAUCCCCUUUCCCCCUUCCCGGGACUGCUCGUCCACUCUCAUCACUGUUUUUAAUGCUUUUGUGUUCAUUUUUUUUUUUUAGCUGUCAACUCAUUUUCAUCUGUUUUUUGAAAAAAAAAAUGGAAAAAUGUACAAGGCAGCCCCUCCCCGGGUCUUCUGAGCCUGGCCUGGCCCGGUAUAAGAGGGCCUGGGGCAGGAUGUGGGCAGCCAGAAGCCUAGGAUGGCAUUUCUUUCACAGUCUCCUCAGUAUUUCAGGGGAGUGGGGGAGGGCACACCAGGGCUGUUUCUGCCUGUGAGGGAAGAGGAGAGAGCCGCUGGGCAAGGGGUCCCACCCUCCUUUUCUGACCCCCCUAAUACAAUGCUGUCCUAGUACCGGGGUAGUGACUACCAACCACCCUUCUACCAAAAAAAAAAAAAAAUCCCUUCCUUGUGGGAUUCUUGGGCAUCUCCUGCCUCCUUCACUCUCACGGUAAUUAAUGUCUUAAUUGGCUGUUGCCUGGGGAACAGGAGCGCUGCUGCAGGCCGAUGACCUCAUGGGGGGUGGAGGGAGGUGAGGUGCCCAGGUGGCUAUUCGCCCUGCAGAGCUGGGAGGUUCCCCCCCACCACCCCGCCACCCUGUUCUCUCCUCACCUUUGGUAUCUUCGCUUUUGUGGGGAAACAGAGGUACGAGGUGGAGAUGUAAGCGGGUGUAAGGCCAGGUGGCCGGCUCCUUCUCUGGGCUCUAGUACGAGUAAGCACACCCCCCCACACCCACUCCCUCGAUUUGGCUCCCACCGGCCCCCCCCUAGUUUUGAGCUGGGGCCCGGAAAGAGGAAGAGGCUGCUUGGGGCUGGGCCAGCCUGCAGUGCACCUUCGACCCCAGCUCCUGGCCAGCGCGGCUGCUAACAGACUGCCACUCAAGUGCGCCUUGCGGGCGCUCCUAGGGCUGCCGUGGAAGGCAGGAGCUGGGCCUUCCACCAGCCACCUCCACACCGCCUCCUGGCCAGCUGCCCACCCCGGUGCCAGGUGCGAGAGGGAGCGAACCAGCCAGCCCCUUCCAGGUGGCAGUCGGAAGGGAUUUUUGUUUUUGUUUCUGUUGCCAUUUGUGUAAAUACUAGUCUUUUUGGAAGAAAUAAUGUAAAGAUGUUUUGUAUAAACUCUGAAUUAUUUUCUUGUUGCUUUUUUCUUAGAAAAAAAAAUGAGAACUAAAAAAAAAAAAAAAAAUUAACCACAUGGAGAAA